GAGAGAGAGAGAGAGAGAGAGAGAGAGAUUAGACUAGACUAGAGUUGACUUGGCUUGCUUAGAUGACGUUGUAGAAAAGCGUUAGAUAAAUAUUGUUUGAUAAAGUUAAGAUCACUUAAGACAUGACUAUAUAUUCCAUUUUUAUUAUUUAAUAUAGUGCAUUUCCUCUUAAUUAAGCAGAGCUCUUCGGAGAUAGCUCUAAGUAUAAGCUGCCAGCCCAAUUCUAAUUUCAAUUUUAAUCGAUAUAUUUAUUUGUUAUAAGAAUGUGUCCUCAGAUGUUUGAUUCAUUUUUUAUUUAUAUUUGAUUUCAUUAGCAGGUUAGCGGUGUGGGUUAGCAUCAGAUUUAGCAUUUACAGACUAAACAAGUGAGCUUUAACAAGAUAAGUUAACUGGUUAUUACUUGCAGGUUAUUAUUCAAUACAUACAUCAUGUCAAUACAGGCUGUGGAUAUCGUUAGUGUUGUAAAAUGAAAGCUGUUUACUUGAUUUGACGAUAUUAGCUGAUAUUAGCCGGCGUGCUAACACGAAGGGCAUCAGGAGGAUUUUACACCAAACGCAUUUACUCAUUUGUUUACAAAUACAUAUAUUAUAAAACAUCGUGGGAAAGUUAGAGAUACACUGACAACAAGAGCUGUUCUUGAGGAGGAAUCGACUAACCCAGGAGCCUUACAGAUCAUUCCCAGCACUCUUGAGGCAGGGAUCUGUUAAAAGGUGGGUGUGACCAUCGGCCUGGCUCCUCCUCCUCCCAGCGGCAGCGUGCGCUCUCAGCCGCCCCCUUGUUCCCCCCGCUCGCCAGGCCUGUGUGCCCGAGCCCAUGCUCCCAGCUCCUCGCGGCCCUCCAACGCCAUGUGUGUCCCGCACACUAUGGAGGCGGGCAAGCACAGCGCCAGCCUGGGUCAGGGCAGCCGUGGUGGUGUUUCUUUGGAGCCGUUCGUUCACCAGGUGGGCGGCCACACCAGCAUGAUGCGUUAUGAUGACCAUACUGUCUGCAAGCCACUCAUCACCCGGGAGCAGCGAUUUUAUGAAUCCUUGCCACCUGAAAUGAAGGAAUUUACCCCAGAGUACAAAGGUGUGGUGCUUGUGUGUUUUGAGGGUGAUUCCGAUGGCUACAUCAAUCUGGUGGCAUAUCCGUAUGAAGAAAGCGAGGGACUGGACCAUGAGGAUCUGUCCGAGCGAGAUCAACCUCGCCGAAAACACUCUCGUCGCAGCCUACACCGCUCCGGCAGUGAGCACAAAGAUGACAGACCGCCUCAUGACAGCGACAGCAAUGAAAAUUUGCAGGAGUUGAAGAGUCCUCGUCUGGAGCUGCAGAUCCAUUCAGAUGUUCCUUUCCAAUUGAUUGAUGGAAAUAGCGGCCUAAGCUCAGAAAAGAUAAGCCACAACCCCUGGAGUCUGCGCUGCCACAAACAACAGCUCAGCCGCAUGCGCUCUGAGUCCAAAGACAGGAAACUUUACAAAUUUCUGCUGCUUGAAAAUGUGGUUCAUCACUUCAGCUACCCCUGUAUCCUGGACCUGAAAAUGGGUACUCGGCAACAUGGUGAUGACGCAUCGGAGGAGAAAGCUGCACGUCAAAUGAAGAAAUGCGAACAGAGCACGUCUGCCACACUAGGAGUGCGUGUGUGCGGCAUGCAGGUGUACCAAAUGGACACAGGUCAUUACUUAUGCAGAAACAAAUACUAUGGCCGCAGCCUUUCUAUUGAAGGAUUUCGACAUGCUCUCUUUCAGUUCAUGCACAACGGUUCACAGCUGCGAAAAGACCUUUUUGAGCCCAUGCUGAGUAAACUAUGCAGCCUGAAGACUGUCCUGGAGCGCCAAGCUUCAUAUCGCUUUUACUCCAGCUCUUUGCUCAUUAUAUAUGAGGGUAAAGAACCUGAGUCUGUCGACAUGUGGCUAAAAUCUACAGAACCUCCCUUGGACAAGGAAAGUCAGGCUGUACCACGACAGUCUUUGGAGGGCCCUCCUGCUUCAGAAUCUUAUACCCGUCCUCAGGUGCGGAGUGUAGAUGUGCGAAUGAUAGACUUCGCCCACAGUACUUUUAAGGGUUUCCGUGAUGACCAAACCGUCCAUGACGGACCUGACAGAGGCUAUGUGUUUGGACUGGAAAGCCUCAUCAACAUUCUGCGGGAAAUUCGAGAGGAGAACCAGUAGCUGAAAUCAUUUGUUUGUGUGCCACUCAUUGUACAGGAAGCCAUCCAGACUGUUAAGGGUAACACAGACAUUUGUAAAAAAAUCAAUAGCGUUUUUCAGCAUUUGAAACACAAGGGUUUCAUACAAAUAAAAAAGGUGGUGACCUUUACAGAAGUUCUUGACUCGCUCCCAAGCUAUUAAACAGAAAUGUCUCCAACACAGACAUACUCGCGCACACACGCAUAUGCAGGACGUAGGAUUGCUGUUAUUUACAUGUAUUCAUUGCCACCAUGUGGCCAAAUGAAGUUCUGCAGUCAUGUAACAUUACAAACAGGGAAAUGCUCAGGGCUUUAGGGUGAGUGUAUAUGUACACACACACACACACACACAUAGUGUGUGUGUGUACAGAGAUUCUUUAAUUUUUGCUUAAAGAAAAUUAAGUCUAUUUUUAGGAUCAUUGCAAUUUUUGCAUUACAAUUAAAUUAAGUGCUGAAAAUCAUUCCAGAAACAAAAUAUGUUAUAAAAUUAGAGUAAUUCAUACAAAUUAUAUAUGCAUAAAAUUGUAAUUUACCAUUUAAAUAAUCCAUCUUUUUAGCAUAACUGUAACGUGCAUAAUGUUUUUAAACUGAAAAUGUACUUAUUUUUUAUUUAAAGAAGUCACAUUGCAAAGUAUCUUGAUGCUUUUAAAAAUAGGCUUAAUGUUUACACACAUAAUUAUAGUAUGGUAUAAUUUUGCUUUUUUGAAAUAUGACCCAAACCUGUCCAAUACACUUCAUGAAAUUCAAAAUUUUUGGGGUGAUUGUGAGUUUGGAGGCUGUUUAAACAUUGACCUCAGUGCAGUAUUUCAGGUAUUUUAAAGGGAAUAAUUUAACAUUUGCUUAAAGCUUUACUUUCAGACGUUGGGGGCAUUUAAAGGAGUUUUUAAACCCCAGGUCUCUGAUGACAAAAAGAGAAUUGCUGCCUUAUGGCAGCAGCUGAUAUUUUUUACAGCUAAGCUGUGUGAAAAUACCAUUUAUAACAGGUAAAAUAUUCUGUUUUUGUUUUGUUGCCAUCUUACUCUGUUCGUUUAGAUCAUCUGUUACAUUUACUGUUCUUAUGCUAAUAAUAUUUUUUCAUGCCUCUUUUAUAGUCUUUCACAUGAUUCAGCAGUUUUAGAAAUAUGGUGGGUUAGUUUAUUUGUAAUAAUUAAGAUUACCCUUGUGUACUCCGCUUUAUUUUUUCUUAAACAUAGUUACAAUUACAGAGCAAAAAUUAUCAUCUGUAUAUAUUACUAUAAACCCAUUUAUAGAGCGUUAGUUAAUUUUUGUAUGUUUUUGGUUUAUAUGUUAGUUACGUUUAUAACGUUAAUAAGCAAAUGGCACCAAAAUUUAGGAUGUACUGUGUGUAGGUGGAACAUUUAUUGCACUGUGGCAUCAUCCUUUAAAAAAAUCUGGCUGCAAUUGUCAGAAUAUAAUAACUGCAUUAAUUUGUCUUGUUUUGUAUUCAUUGACUUGUGCAUUCAUCAAAUAUAUUGUAUAAGUAAGAAAUCAACAGGACAAAUUAUGGCAUCUGUAUCUUGAUGUGUCUGUAUUUACUGUAAAUGUGUCGAUAGCCAGGGUUACAAAGAAGCUUUUGCUUCUUGCUUUUACAUUGUUUUGUUUUGCCCAGAUGUUUACCAUAAUCAUAGCAUUUACAUAUCGUAUAUAGUCUAUUAUGUGAUUAAUUGCUUAUCAAAAUUAUCACAGGACAUAAUUUCAGUAAAUACUGAAGAGACAUGUUGAAGGUGAUGUACAAAUGGCACGUGUGACCUGUUUCUCACAAUAGGUUUAAUAACUUUAUGAACACAUAAUUCCUAACAUACCGGCAUUACGUAUGAAAGUGUAGCUGUUUGUUUAACUGCACCUUUUGUUUGAAAGUAAGAACUCAUGGUAUUUUACCAGGAUAUGGAUGAAGCCAUCUGUGUUCUUUGUCUAUUAUAGAUUUGACAGAACCAGUAGAGAAAGCAAAAAUGUAUAUUAUUAGCCUUCAUCCUGAAAUUAUCUUCUUCAUUGUGUUGCAUGGAUGGAUAUUUUUUUAAGAAAUAUGAAAACUUUAAAUGUGAACUAUAUGUUCGUUAUUUAAAUAAAAGCAAUCUGUUAUUUUUUCUUUAA